GCGAAUCGCGGCUCCUGCUGACCCUGUCCCGUCCGGGUUUUUGCUCGGGAACAAGCUCCCCUCGCAGGCAAUCGCAGAAGCCAAAGCAGGGAUCCACCAGGACGGAGCGCGUGGAAGGGGCGGGCCCGGGAGGCCGGGGCGUUCCGAAAGCCACGGGAGCUGAUUGCCCCUCCUCGGAGGGGAGGGACCCAGGCUGGGGGCCUUGUUCUUUACAAGUCAGCACGCUGGAUCCCAGCUCUCGGUUCAGGGCAGCUUCCAUCAGCCGGAGCCGGCUCUCCGCAGAGCGCGUCCUCGAGGGUCGCCAGCCGGGUCCACUCUCGGCAUAAGGUGUCCCGCGCGCCCAGCCAUGUCGUCCUGCAGUCGCGUGGCACUGGUCACCGGCGCCAACAAGGGCGUCGGCUUCGCUAUCGCACGCGACCUGUGCCGCCGCUUCUCCGGGGACGUGGUGCUCACGGCCAGGGACGAGGCGCGGGGCCGGGCGGCCGUGCAGCAGCUACAGGCGGAGGGCCUGAGCCCGCGCUUCCACAAACUGGACAUCACCGACCUGCAGAGCAUCCGCACCCUGCGCGACUUCCUGCGGCGGGAGUACGGAGGGCUCAACGUGCUGGUCAACAACGCGGGCAUCGCCUUCGAGAGUGAUGACCCAACGCCUUUUGACAUCCAAGCAGAGCUGACAAUGAAGACGAACUUCUUUGCCACAAGAAGCGUCUGCACCGAAUUGCUGCCGAUAAUGAAGCCUCAUGGGAGAGUGGUGAACAUCAGUAGCCUGCAGGGUUCCAAAGCUCUGGAAGACUGCAGUGAAGACCUGCGAGAGAAGUUCCGAUGUGAGACGCUCUCGGAGGGCGACCUGGUGGACCUUAUGAAGAAGUUUGUGGAGGACACGAGGAACGAGAGCAACCAAGAGGGAGAUCUUCCAUCCACUGAUUCAUUUCGCAAAAGCCCGCCACAGCUGGAGCUGAGCCAAACCAAAGUCAGGAACCAGGAACUCGAGCUGAGUCUCCCGCAUGGCUGGCUGGGACACAGGUGCUGCUUAUCCAGGCACAUGAGCAGAAGCAGAGCAGUGUGGACUCAAACCUAGGUUCCUCUAUGGGUUGCCAGCAUGGCAGGUGCAGGCUUAGCCUGUUGUGCCGCCACUCGCCCCAUUAGGUUGUCUUCACACAUGUUGCCUGCUGUCUCCAGAUGUGGUCCUAAGGGACAACACUGACUUCUCUCAUGGAAGCAGUCAAGUCCAGCAACGCUCAAGGUUUGGUUUAUUGGAGGAGGCCCGCUAUGGCCCUUGUUGUCACAAGCCACCGAGUUCAUUGUUGCUGUCUCUGACGAUGGACUGCCUCACUCCUUCCUUCGGUCCGUUUCUGCAUCGCCAGUGAAAUCCAAGCUGCUCUAACCUCCAUCCCGGGACAUGGCUGCUGAGACACUAAUGGCUCUGCUGGCUCAGAAAAACAGUUUGAUGGCUUUCAGUGUACUUCCUGAAACUCACUCAUCCUUGGGCCUCCCUCUGCAGAGUCCUGCUGGUGACAGAGAGGCACUGCCAGGCUGUGCUAGACAACACCACACACAGGAAAUGCAUCCGGAUGCCAGCCAGUCCCUGUCCUGUACUUUGUUUCUGCUCUCAUGUUUCACCUCUAGCCAACCUCACCUGGACACAUUUGGACACACUGAAUCCACUUGCAGGACCAUGGGGAACUAGUGGUACCCAUGUUUCCAGUGCGAAGUGAUGAGCAACACCCACUCCUGCCUGCCCUCCCUCCCUGCUCCACUCUGUUUGAAUUGUAGCAGCCACAGGUGACUCUGCCCUACUGGCUUCUGCAGACUGUCCCAGCCUUCUCCCCUAAAAGGCAGAACCAGCCAGACCAGC